UACUGAAAAUGUAUAGUUUAUGUCACGUAUACUGUAGAUUUUCAAUACUGACAGUAAUUUCGGAACGCAGCCUAUAUUUACAUCAUGAGUUGACUGUCAUUUACGAGAGAGACAUGGAUAGUCAGGUAUGCGGAGAUGGCAGACUGAUAGAUCUGAUUGAUGAAGGUUGGCGCAAAGAAAAAUUGCCUAUUGAUGAUAUUUCAACGCCAGUAGCCGAAUUACCAGAUCCUGAAAGUGACAACGGUGAUUCUCACAUGACAUUGAAGGAAUUGGAACAGAGAUGGAAUAAUUUGGCAUUGAGCACUCUUAGUGACAAUCACCUGCAUUCUCCAACACCUUUACAUAAUUGAAUUUCCUUUUUAGUAAUUUCUUGAAUAUCACAACAAUC